AUGAAUUAUCCACCGAGGGGUCCACCUCGAGGACAAGGGCCUCCCCCAUGGGGAGGAUAUCAACAACCUCCCCAAUGGCAGCAGCUUCCGCCUCGGCCGUAUCCUCCUCAGCCCUACGGUCAUCGACCCCAAUCGUCUUAUUCGGGUCCUGGUCAUUCCCCCUACCCAUCAGCUUAUCCUCAAUCUCAACCUCAGUAUCCGCAGCCUCAGUAUCCUCAGCCUCAAUAUCCUCAGUAUCCCCAGUACCCUCCUCAAUCCCCGCCAUACGGCCCCACCCCACCUCCUCGUCCUCCCUCACACCAGCACACUCUGAGUGCCCCGCAGAAUGGAUAUCCUCGUCCACACUCUCCGAAUCUGCCCCCAACCCCACCCCAUAAUUCUCAGCAAUUCGGUGGAGGUGCUCCCUCAAACUACAGGUUCCAGUACUCGGAUUGUACCGGUCGCCGCCGGGCUUUGUUGAUCGGAAUCAACUAUGCAGGGCAGCCCAAUGCCUUAAAAGGCUGUAUCAACGAUGUCGCUAACAUGUCCAACUUCCUGACUCGGAGGUACGGGUACAAGCGUGAGGACAUGGUCAUUCUCACCGACGACCAGCGGAAUCCGAUGAGCAUCCCCACCAAGGCGAACAUGAUACGCGCCAUGCAGUGGCUCGUCAAGGACGCCCAGCCUAACGAUUCAUUGUUCAUCCACUUCUCGGGCCACGGAGGUCGUACUCCCGAUCUGGACGGAGAUGAGGACGAUGGAUUCGACGAUGUCAUCUACCCACUGGACUACCGCGUCGCUGGCCACAUUGUGGACGAUGACAUGCAUGCCAUUAUGGUGCGUCCACUGCGGCCUGGUGUGCGAUUGACGGCGAUCUUCGAUUCAUGCCACUCGGGCACUGCAUUGGAUCUGCCGUACGUCUACUCGACGCAGGGUGUUCUCAAGGAGCCCAAUCUGGCCAAGGAGGCCGCCCAGGACUUGUUCAGUGCAUUCACUUCGUAUGGACAGGGCGAUUUCUCCGGCGUCGCCUCCACCGCCAUCGGGUUCAUCAAAAAGGCAGUCAUCGGCGAAUCGGCCCGUGAGCGCACCAUCACGACCAAGACCUCUCCAGCCGACGUUGUGAUGUUUUCAGGGUCCAAGGACACACAGACCUCGGCCGAUACAUUCCAGGACGGACAGGCGCGUGGUGCAUUGAGUUGGGCGUUUAUAAAAUCACUAGAGCAGUGGCCACAGCAGAGUUACCUGCAGCUGCUGAACACGAUUCGAAAUGAGCUCGAGGGAAAAUACUCGCAGAAGCCGCAACUCAGCUGCAGCCAUCCCCUUGACCCCAACCUUCGAUUUGUGAUGUAA